GGGCUGCACGACAACAUGGCGGGGUAGCUACUGCAGAUAGCAAACGGAGUGACUCGAUGUUGUUUUAGGAUAAGACGAUAACAUGGAGUCCAUUGAUUUGGAGAGCGAGGACCCUCCUAGCUCACUAUCUGGAUAUGCCAAUGGCGAGAUCAUGACCUUGGAGAUCUCAGACGUCUCUCCAGACUUGCUUGUUCUCGAGGUAAAGGACAGCAACCUACCUGAAAGUAUCCAUGGCAGCCUGGACAUGGAGAUGAAUGCUGACUUUCAUGAGGAUGAUGAUGAUGGGCAUGGUUUUGCAAAUGUGGAACUCCAGUUCUUUCCCUGUGAUGCCUGCGAAGCCUCCUUCACUAGCGAACCGGAGCUGGAGCAGCACUUGAUAAGCGCUCACUCAAUAUGUGAUGUAGCAAGUGAGCGAGGAAGACAGAAGGCCAAGUCAAUGGAAACAGAAGGUGUCUCACCCCUGCACACCUGCAUGACUUGUGGGAAGGUGUUCAAAUAUCUAACUUCAUUCCGAAAACAUGAGGAAACUCAUAUCAAAGCCCUGUACACCUGCAAGACUUGUGGGAAGGAGUUUAAAUACCUAACUUCAUUUACAAAGCACCAGGACACUCACGUUGUACCAAGAACGAGAGGAAGAAGAAAGGGUAAGUCGAUCAAAGCAGUUGGCCUAAGUGUCAAUAAGAAAAUGAAAGGCCUUCACACCUGCAAGCACUGUGGUAAGGAGUUCAAAUACGUAACUUCUUUCAUAAAGCACGAGAAGACUCACAGGAUCACGAUAACCAAAAGAAGCCAAAAAAAACAGAGGAAACUUUCAACUUCCAAGAUUAUUAUACGUCUUGAAGGCAAUAGGAAAGAUGCCACAGAAACUCAUGUAAGGGCCAACAAGAAAAACAGGAAGAACAGCGAAGAUACUAAGGAUCAGAAUGAUCAGGAUGCAUGUAUUUUAAUAUCUUCUGCAGUACAGCAAACGCCUGACACUAAACGUUCUCCUCCAUUUCCUUGUCUGGAUUGUGGGAAGAUUUUUAAGUUUUUCAAAUCUUACCAAAAACACCAGAAAAGACAUGCUUGGGCACAGGGCAAAAGUGAAGGAGUGCCUCCUAAACAGAAGCACGGACCAGAAGCGAAAGAAAAUAUUAGAUGUCCGGUUUGUGGUAGAGCAUUCAACAAGCAAACAACUCGCACCAAGCACCAGAACAUUUAUCAUCUGAAAAAUAACUUGCAUAAAAACACAAAUGCUUUAACGUGCUGUGAAUGUGACCGCCAUUUUGAAAAGGCAGAUCUUUUCCAAAAGCAUAAGUGUUUCCACCUGCGUAAGCAUGUAAAGGCUUUCAUAGAGGCAGGUAGGGUGAGCCAAGAUGGGGAUGUUUUCUAUUGUCAACUCUGUGUCCUACACCUCACCAGUGGACUGGAGUUUGAGAAUCAUGCCAGGGACAUACACCCGGACCAGUACCGCAAAAUCCUUAAAGCGGUUGGCAAUAUCAUUAAAGACACCUUGAAAGGCUUGCAGACACGAAGGGUUGACAAUCAGUCAACAAGUCAGGAGGAACCUGAAAUAGACUUUAACAGUGUAGGAGAGACGGAGGAAGAUGGAUCGAGACAAUUCAUUUGCAAGAAUUGUGGGGAAUAUUUCAUAUAUCGCGUUUCGUUUACAUUUUGCGGGAAGUGUUUAAAGGAUCGCAAAGACCGCAGGAAAGCAUCCAAGGUGUACCACUGCGAGGAAUGUGGCCAACACUUUGGCCGAAAGGAUCACCUGAAGCGCCACAGCUAUUCUCAUUCUGGCAGUUCCUUUGUCUGUUCCGAUUGUGGUGUUAAAUUCAGGGAUCCGGGAGAGUUGCGUACACAUGAAAAGACUCAUCAGGUGAGAAACCACGCCUGCCAGCAGUGUGGGAAGCGGUUUGAACAAGAAGAGGAACUGAUGUUGCAUCGUGAAGUUGCUCAUCCAGAACCAGGCGGUUAUACAUGCCACCGGUGCGGCAAGACAUUUAGUACAGUAAAAAAUCUGGGAAAACACAGAAUGAUCCAUUCGAAUAAAACUCCCCAUGUCUGUUCAAAUUGCGGUACGAAGUUCAAGAGGCGAGAGCACCUGAGGCGGCAUGAGAGCCUGCACACCAACGAGAAACCUCACCUUUGUCAUUGUUGUGGGGAUACAUUCGGGCGGAAGGAGGACCUUAACACCCACCUCGGUAAAAUGCACAUCAUAUCAAGACAUUUUCUUUGUAAAGCUUGUGGGACAAGUUUCAAGGACCGUAACGCUCUCAGGAGACAUAGGUAUCACGCUCACACUAAGGCUGGCAAGGUGUUCCAAUGUGAGGCGUGUGGCCUAAGCUUCGGUCGGGCGGAUCAUCUGAAGCGCCACCAGCACACACAUUCCACUGAAAGACCCUUCUCAUGCUCAAUGUGUUACAAAGUAUUCCACCGGGCGGACAACCUCAAGAAGCAUGAAAGAAAUCACAGGAACAAGUGGUUGGAAUACCUGAACACUCACCGCCACAAAACGCCCAAGCAGGAGAGCAGAUUUUCUGAGAGCUCCAAGUGGAAACUGCGUCGAUCUGAAGCAUCUGCCCUACUAAAGCUCAUCCAGAGUCACUCCAAGCAGCAGCAACAUACCUGCUACGUUUGUAAAAAGACUUUCAGAGGAAUUUACUAUCUAAAGAGGCACCGUCUACUAAACUGCUGUGUACAAAGAAAUAAAAUGAUGGAUUCAUUCCGAUAUGGAACUGUUAAAUAACCUACUUUGGGGUUGAUAACCUGACAGAUUUAGAAGUGAAACUUCAUUUUAUUUUGUAGAACUCGUUGGUGUGUUUUUGUAUAUAGUGAGCUGUAGAGCUGGGACGAUAAACUGAAAAUGAUCAACACUGACCGCACCGAUCGCUUAUCGCAUGCAUUUAGCUGAUAUCGUUCAUUAAGAUAAGUAGCCUAUACUAGAGAAAUGUGACAUUUGAAAUUAAAUACGUUUGCUAAUAUGGGUGAUUGUUAAUGGGACAAUUGAUGGUUACAACCAUCAAACUAGUAGUACUAAACGAUCAUUUAAAAAAAAAAAAACGGUGGUCCACAUCGUUAUAAACUUGUUGUGCGAUUUUAUCGUUAUUGCAUCAAUUCAGGCAAUUUAUCGUGAUAUGGAUUUUUUUGUCCAUAUCGCCCAGCUCUAGUGAGCUAUGGCUUGCUGUAUCUUGUAUUGUCAUGCAUUUUCACAAAGAAAAUUAUAACAUCAAAAAUAUUUAUUUUGUUAUCUUGUUUCCUAUAUCAUAUACCCCCCCCCCCCAUUCAUAUCUCCAAAUAUCCUUCAACAUACUGGUAUUGUUAUUGUAGCAGUUAGGAAGCUUGCAUGCAUACUUUGUAGUAUAGUUCUUACUCUUUUGUAUUACUUUGAAAGUGAACAAUGAAACACAUGUCGAUUACAUACAAAAAAAAUAUGGUGUAAUAAAGAGGAAUCACUAUCCUUUCUGUUCCAAAGUGUCCACAUGGUGGAGAUCACGGAGCAUUGUUGUGGCCCAUGCUUCUAUAUUAAGGAAACAUUAGUCUAGGAUGGUAUUGUGUUCAUCCCUCACCAUCCACAAAUCUGGCAUGUCACAAUAUCUUUGUUUUUCCCCUCUUAAAAAAACUAGUACAAGGGCACAGAAAAUGUCCCCAAAAAGUAAGGAUACAUAUUUUCCUGUGAAUAAACACGUUAUAUUCCAGGAAUAAAGAUCCUGUGAAAAGCCAAAGAUUUAAAUGGCUUUACUUACAAUAUGUUGCCACUAUGACAUGUUUGAUUAAAAAAAUAUAUAAUAAUAGCAGUCU